UUUACAGUAUGGCGGCACAUUCGACAAGCUCCUGCUUGUUUACGUUUUCAAGAUGACCAGCAAUUGAUGCGAUUUAUUGUUCUGAUUUAAGGGAGACUUUCUCAGUAUGGCUGGAAAUCUUAGGAGGGAUGUGGAUUUUAGUGGAAUUUUCCGAAAACUUGGGCACUCCUUGGAAGAGAUACGAGUUCGUGCCCUUGAGAACAUCUUGUCCAAGCUUGAGCAUCAACUCAUCUGUGAUGCAGACAUAGUUCAUGAGAAACAUUUGUACAUCCGCCUUUUAGAAUGGUUUAAUUUUACAGACUGCCCCAAGAAAGCUGAUGUCUUCAGUCUGCUCAAUCGACUGGCUCAGCACUCAGCAGGGGCUCAGCUCAUACAAGACAUAGGCGGUGUGGAGUUCUUGUCGCAGCUGAGGCAGGAUAUUGAGGCGUGCCAUCGUCCUGUCAUCGAUCAGAUCCUAGAGAGUGCGAUGCGACUGCCAGACAGCAGGGAAGAAGGGCAUGCUGCAGAGUGCAUCUACCAAAAACCUUCCGAAAGUGCUGUGUGGGGAGCCAGUAUGACGUCCACCAAUGACGGGUCGCGGUCUCACCUGUCGCACCCCUCGGAGGCUCACUCGGCGCACCCCGCCCAGGCCAGCAUCGAGAGACUCGGGAGACACAACCACGCCGGUCCUGGCUACUUCGCCUCCACCGUAACUGCUGCCCCCCUCCACACAAAGUUAUCUGCUGGACCAGAAACGAUGGCUCCGUCCCAAGAUCUUUUUAUGCCAAAGUUUGCCAAUGAGGGAAACAACUGCAAUUUAUUCCGACUGUCGACCUUUCCAUGGCUGCCCUUGACCCACACAGACCAGCAAGUCAUUGCCUCCACCAACAGCUCUCUCCAAACAAAAGAUCCCAACAUGUUGAUCGGUGCGUGUGAGUUUCUCGCCGACGUUGUCUUCCAAGAUUUCCCUGCCGAACUGUUUCUUCAGAGGCCAGAAAUUUUGAAGAACCUGCUGUCCCUGGUAUCUCUGACGGCCCCCGCGGAGCACCCUGUGGUCAUCCAGGCCUGCCACACUCUCUCGGCCUACGUCCACGGCCUGCAGGUCAGGAUACGCUACUUCCAAGACCCAGUGCUCUACACCUCCAAGCAAGAACUGAACUCUAGCAGCCCGAGCCUCGUGUCCUCGACCUCCAGCUCCACCAGCCAUCUGGCCCCGCCCCCAGGUCAAGGACACGCGGGGGUCGGCCUGGGAGACCGGCGUCAUCGCGGGGAUGGGCAGGAUGGGGACAGCUCUGUAUCAGCCAGCAGAGAGUCCAGUCUGGGUCUCGAGCCUUCAGACAGCAACGCAGACAACGACCUUGACCUAGACGAUGGGCCCCGCCUCCAGUCUCAACAGCUGACCUUGCCCCAGUUCUGCGUGGCGGUCCUGCAGCGAGCCCUCCCGCGUCUGCGCACAGCCCACGAGAACCUGGGCGUGUCUGUCCUGGAGUUGUUACACGGCACCCUCACCAUUCUCUCCUCUGUGCUGGACGCGGAGGUCUGGAGCGACCUGAGGGAACCGGCCCGAGAAGUUGUUGAUCGACUGACCGACUGUCUGGACCAGAUGUGUGAGCUUCUGGGCUUCCAUCACCAUAGCAACCAUGCCGUGUCGCCCAUCAACGCAGAGCUGGGUGACCUGUCCACUCACCGUGUCCUGUACACCGGCCUGGUCACCACGAUGACCCGCUUCCUGCUCAUGGUGCCCUUAGAAAAGAUGGGUUCAAUUCUGCCAGAAAAGCUCAAAUCGACGCUGCACACGGUUGUUUACGACGAGGCCCUGGCGAUGUCUCAGCCUCGGUGCCGUGCGGUGUCUCUGGCCGUGGCCAACAGUCUGGGUCUGUCUGUGCCUGUGGACUAUCAGAGAGUUCUUGAUGUCUGCUCAUCUCUUGCCAAGACUUGUGUCUUCUGCUUGCAGUGUGAAACGGAGUCUCUAAAGAGCGAAGAGCUCGCUGAGCUAGCAGAAGCCUCCGUCCUUAGUCUGAACUACCACUUACAUCUGCCCUUCGUCACCAAGUUUGUGGCAUUUACAUCCAAAAUAUACAGCAAGAAGAAGAGCAGGCCGGAGGUGCUGUGUCAGUGUCGCGGUGUGUUGCUGCAGCUCAUGGCCUACCCCAACGACAGUGUGCGUCAGGCGUGUUACGCUGCUGUGCUGGCUGAGAUCAAGAAAAGUCUACAGGUGAACAGCUGCAAGGACCCAAAGAGUAAAGCCUACCUCGGUUCAAAGUUCAUGAUGAACGCAGAUGUUCUGUAUGAACUGAGCACUUUUGGACUAGCGGACACAGAUGCUAAGGUUCGGACCAGUGCCACGGACUGCCUGCACCAUCUGCUUCAGUCACAGCUGCUCAUGUCGGAGGGUUUGUGGCAGGAGUUUAUGUUGGCUCUGACCAAGUCUUUGCCUAUUUUACAGUCGUACACUGACCAGAGCACGGCCCUGGGACGUCUCCUGUGGUCAAUGCUUGACCCGACUACCUCCAGCCACAACGUGCCUCUCCUGGACAAGCUAAGGGGAAGUCUGCGUUUGCUGUAUCUCUCGGACAAGACGUUGAGGGCUCAAGCAUCAAAGCACGUCCGAUGGUUCCUUAGCAACGAGCAAGACACUGAAGGCAAGAUGCCUGCCACGGGUGACCUUGAGCCAACAAAAAUCGACUCGUGCCUCAUCCUGAGCACCCCAGUACUCAUUGAUGAUGAUCCAACUCGCUCUGUGUUCACUGAAGAAGGCAUGAAGCAGGUGUUUGACAUCUUCACAGCCGACCCCGUGGACCCGGGGGUCAAGAAGUCCGCGGGUGAACAGCUGGCAAUUAUGUUGAAAGAUCCUCACCUGCAUGCCUUGUUCAAGAGCCAUGGCGGGGUGGAAAUAGCUUGUUCAGUCAUCCAACAGUCUGUUGUGAGCACAGCGGAGGAGGCAGACAGCAAGCAAAAGCCUGAUACUGUGGCCGUCCUGCCUGCAUGUCUGUCUAUGUUGCACAGCUUGGCGCGCUACGACUACACGCUGCGUCACACACUGUCUCGAGAUAGCGAGUUGUACCACUGUUUGGUCAGAGUGUCUUUGUUACACCAGUCGCAGGAACAGAUCAAGUCGGACGUGUCUCACAUUCUCACCUUGCUGCUCUUUGAUGAGGUGGCCAAGUUUGACAUUGGGUCGGGUCAAGCCAACGUCCCAGGUACCAGGUUCAGCCUGCCUGCACAGGUCAUCAAAAGAUACCGACUGCCGUUCAAACCAGCGUGUCACCACAUCAGCAGCCCGAACGCCGCCAGUUUGCCGGACCCAGACACAGACGUCAUGGCACUGAGCGGGCCGCGGGAGAUGAUGCGGGCGGCCUGGAACGUGGCCUGGCAGGGCGGGCUGCACCAGCUGCUGGAUUCUUUCAGCACGCGCCUCUUCUCAGACACUGCCUCAGAGUUCAGCUCUUCCCUGGCCCUGAGCCCGAUCGACCGGACAGUGCUGAAGACGUCGUCUGUGUCGUGGAUGCUACAGGCCAAGGUCAAGGCCAUCGAGGAGGCCUCGUCACAUGGCCAGGUGGUCGCCGCUUUGGACCGGAUGUCGUCGUAUGUCACGGGGGUCAGGAUACCCGUGGUGUCCGAGUUUUUCUGCUCUGCUGACUGGUACUCGGCCUUAGAGAAGUUCCUCCAAGUCACCCCGUCCUCUGCCUCCGACCAGUCCCUCCUGCUACAAAUCCUCCGCUUCAUCAGCGCUGUCCUGCGCUGCGUCUCGCCGCGUCUCUCGGCCUCAGGGCCAUCUACUCUGCCCUCCCCUCUGUCGUGGUUGGUUGAAAAGUUGUACCAGCCCAACAGCCCUCUGGUCAGUCUCAUGGCUCGUCCGUUCUCCGCGGCUUCCUCGUCGUCUCCUGAAGGGGGCGAGUCUGGGAGUCAUGUCAAGAGGAGUCUGGAUAAGGAGCUCCUUCACUACAUCACCAGCAUCAACAACCACUUUCCGUAUCAGUUGUGUCAGAGGGCCCGGCCGGGUCAGGUGAGGGGAGACCUGGUGCGCAAGUUGCAGCAUCGGCUCAACAUCACAGACGCUCCCCAUUUCUACAACCUGGCCUCUUUGGAAGGGACUCUAGCCUGUCUCAUGCACGUCACUGCCAGGCCUGGCUGGUGCAAGCAGUGCUCCGAGCUGGAUGCCACUUCCCUGUGCUCCCAGCUGCUCAACAGCCUCCUGGAGGUGGUGUGGUCGUUCCACAUUGGGCGCGGAGGAACAUCUCGGUCCUUCAUGGGGAAAGGUGUGACCAAGUCCACCGCCCUCUGCCUCCGACACCUGGCUCAUGAGAUGAUCAACAACUCCGAGGACCAGGAAUGGGUGAAGAACUGGCUGUACACGCGGCGGGACAGUGUGGCGGGAAGUGACCAGGGCCUGGACUGGUUGCUCACUCUCUGGGCCUACCGAGAUGCUGAGGUCCGGGCGGCCGGUGUUGGGAUCGCCGUGGCCUUGACCUCCUGUGAGGCCGGACGUCUGCUGGUGGCGGCCAACAGCAAGCAUGUGCCGGGCGGGGUGUGGGCGGCGGCAUUCAGCAUUCUGCUCGACCCCUCGGAGUGUAGCAUGGUGUGUCAGCAGGCCGCCCUCCUACUGGUCAACCUGACCUCCCAGAGCAUGCCCAGCGGUGACCUGGAGACCGGCCCUGGCACCUGGCAAGGCCCGCUGGUCACCGACACGGACUAUCAGGUGAUGCUGGUGGGAGUGGACGCUCUGAUCGCCCUGCUGAGUCACACCAACUUUUACAGCGUGGCGGCUGACCUCUUGACCUCGCUGUACACCCCGUCAGUCAUCCAGCCCAUCCUGGUGACCACAGAGCUGCCCCUGGUGCUGGAGUCCACCGCCAACUCCUCCCUCUCCUCCUCAGAUGCAAGCAGCCUGGACCGCACCGGGGCCACAGCACUCACCAGUGUGUCUAGUCUGUCCACCCACCCCACGCCCAACAUCACAGCAAGAUCAAAGACCCUCUCGACAGACCGGAGUAAAGCGUCGGGUCUGGCAGCCUUACAAGAGAACAGCCUGAGCUCGUCCUCCAAUAUGGAGACUCCUCGGGGAUCUCAAGGAGACGUCCCCCAAGAGAGAGUGCAUGCACGUCCGGCCACCACCGUCCAGACUACAGUCCCAGAGGGUCAGAACAUUGCCACCCCGGGCGUGCUGUGUGCCGUGGUCAAGCUGAUGACCAACCUGGUCAACUUGACCCCCCAGAGAAGCCUGAGCGACAUGAAGAGUCACUCUCUCAUAACCUCACUACUCAACGCUGUGGACCCAGGCCUGGUCCAGGUGCUGUGUGAGGAGAUGACCGCUGGUCAGAUGGGGUCGGCCUGUGCGCUCAACCUGAUGGACUUCCUGCGCAUGUACGGGGCGGUGGCCGACCUCUUGACCUCGUGCGUUGUCCUUGACACCAACACUCGCAUGGAGCUGCUGCGCCACUCCUCGGGCCUCACGUCUCUGGCUUCACUACUGCUGCUGCAGUGGAGAGAAAAAGACGACCUGGGUGAAGUGUGCCUCAAUGUAUCGGUCAGUGUGUUGGACUUACUGACCAGUUUACUACAGACGGCGGGACAGCCUGCCCUGACCACUCUGACCUCUGUGGUGGGACAGAUCUGGGCUCCGCUCACAGAGUCGUUGGGCUGUAUGCUAGAGGAGAACAGCUCGAGUCGCGCCACCCAGCACGCAGCUUGUCUCAACUUCCUGGGGCUGUUGUGCUGCGAGGAGGCCAAGAGUCUGGUGAAGAACCCCGACAGGAUCUGCGAGUCGGCCUCGCUGUCCGAGCUCCUGGAUGCCCCUCUCUGUGUGGAGGAAGCAGGCACAGAAUCGGGUAAUCCGGAGGAGAAGACAGCCGGCCGCCUGCUGUGUAAGGUCCUGGUCGGUCUCUUCGACACGGUCACGUCCUCGGCGGGCGAGGAGAAGAGACGGGCCGGGGGCCAGAGGUCCGGGGUUCGACUCCGUGUGGUCAGCACCCUCAAGUCUCUGCUGGCCGUGUCACAGUCGGCCAAAGUGACCGCUCUAGAAGCGGGCCUGGUGGAGUCUACCAUAGAACACGUCAAACAGACACACGCCCAGCUCAGCCUGGAGACCCUGGGCAUGGUCAAGUCUGGGGGGAAGAAGGAGGAGCCGUUCCUGCAGGAGAUCAUCAUCAUGUUUGAUUUCCUGCGCAACUUUAUGUGUGGCAACGCAGACGUCAAGGUGGCGUGCUUCCACAGUGGACUGACCACUAUAGCCCAGAGACUGUGGUCGUGGUGUCAGGAAGACCCCGCUCUGAUGUCCAGCGCUCUGUCUCUGCUGAUGGCUUAUACGGCUCACUGUGACUCUGCGGCCAGCUCACUGACCACCACAAUGUCCGCCCAGACAACGGGCAAGACCAGCGGUCAAGGCUCCCUGCUCCACUACAUCCUGCGACUGGCCCAGAGAGAGCUGGACAGAGACGAGUGCUCCCCCACCCUCAGACAGGCCUUCACCCUGCUCACCAACCUGGUCCUGUCUGCCGAGUGUCGCAACGUGCUGUGGAAGAAUUCAUUCCUGAACCAGUUCUCUAACCUCAACCCUCGCCGAAAGCGCGGAAAAGUUCGUGUCGUUGUGGAAACGCUGUGGUGCGAGUUACUUCUGGCGUUGUCCUUCAGUGUUGAUGGCCAGCAGAUCAUCCUCAAAAUACCAGACGUGCUGACCGUACUCCUGGACAUGAUGGAGGUGGGCUCCACACGCUGCCAGCACUGCGCCACGCUCAUCGUGAGAAACCUCUGCUGCCACGCCCCCAACAAGCCUAAGCUUCUGGCUGCAGACAAGCUGGUGUCUAUGCUGGUGCAGCAGAUAGAGAAGAAGGAAGAGGGCAGCACCCAGCUGGUGGCCAGCUCAGCUCUGUGGGCGCUAGUCUACAACAACCACAAGGCACGGGUACAGGUCAAGUCUGCGAGCGUGGCGCCUCGACUGGCCGAGAGUCUGCAUGACCUCCAGGCCUCAGGGUCAAUGUCACAGGUCACAGUCAGCAGCUGUGAGAAUCUCAAGGCCAUCAUCAACGCUGUGCGCGACUGAGGCCGUGUGGAAUCUUCUAGGGGUUUUUUUGUUUGUGAGAAUACAGAAAGUAUCAUAAGUGAGGUCAGCAACAUAUUGACUUCUGGACAUAGAUCUCUGUUUUGGUUUGUUAUGCCUCUGCUAAGAGAAUAGAUUUCAAACGCCUUCUAGUUUUGGAUUGGUAUAUUUGAAAGUGAGUGGUUAACCAUGAUUUUCAAUCAAUAUAUCUGUUUCAGAUCUGGCACAAGAAGAGAGAUUGUAAAUCAUGUAUUUCUUCUCAAGACUGAAGAAAAUUCUUACCAGUAUAGAUGGGUGUUUAUCUUAACAGUAGCAUAUUACUGUUUGAGAGGCUUGAGCUCCAAACUAUAGAAUCUCCAAUGGCAGCUUCAUACUCCCCUCCGAUGCCUACCCCGGAUGAUAUCCUGUAAUUCAGCAAAAAUCAAAUGUCUAAGACCUCCACCUUUUUAACACUUUGCCGUCACAAGGCUCAUUUAGUAAAAACCCUUGCCAUCACAAGCAUUUUGGGGGAAACCCAAAGAAACGGUGUAAACAUCGCUGACUGGCAUUUUGUGACGGCAGCGGAAGUUUCGCCUUCUUGUUGAUCAGCGAGAUGUGAUGGCAAAGUGUUAAGCAUUGCAUCAGGCCAAACGGCACACACCCCAAGUCUACUGAAUUAACAACCAGAACAAAGAGUAGGGCUCUUACGCUGUGGUAGAAAAAAUAGCUGUCCUUGUAACAGUAAAGUUCAGCCACUGUGUGGGUAGGAGGACCAUAGUCAUGUAGACAUAGACUCUCUCAAGGGAGGAGAAUGUAAAAGAAGAGAAAGAUCUGUUAAGUCUGUCUUCCUGUUGUGAAAAUCUUUUAAUUGAAAGGUGUGAACAAGGUACUGUCAACUUUGCUUCCUUGACUACCCCUGAGAACUAGCGCGCGCGGGGAAUGCAGAGAAGAAGCUUUGCUUCUGUUUUCUAUAAACAGUUCUCAGGUGAUGAAAUGACUGUGAUUUGUAUAUAUUAAACCCGGAAUGCCUUUUCUUUUUUUGUUUUUGAACAACUGUGUAAUUGUAGAGAAUCUUGUUCAUGUAAAAAAGGAUAGUACAUCGUCUACAUCUCAUAUUGUGUUUUGUAGAAAUUUGCUUUGGUUUAAAAUCAAUUGCAAGUUCUAUUGGCAUCUUAAUGUAGUUAUAUGUAUUUAGUUAGCUUCUGUUACUUUACUCGAUCAUAUUGUUAUUUAUUUGCUUACUAUACAAUUACUGUACUCUGUUUUGAUUAUCUGAAGAAAUUAAAUCAUAAAAGUACAGAGAAA